AUGGGAAGUGAGCACUAUUGCCUGAGGUGGAACAAUCAUCAGAGCAACCUGCUGGGAGUAUUCAGCCAGUUGUUGCAAGACGAAAGCCUAGUAGACGUCACACUCGCGUGCUCAGAGGGUGCCUCCAUACGGGCUCAUAAGGUUGUACUGUCUGCUUGUUCAUCGUAUUUCCGUUCGCUAUUCGUGGAUCAUCCAUCCCGCCAUCCUAUAGUGAUCCUUAAGGACGUAGGUUUGGAGGAACUCCGAACACUCGUCGACUUCAUGUAUAAGGGCGAGGUCAACGUCCAGUAUUGCCAACUCCCUGCUCUCCUCAAAACUGCUGAGAGCCUUCAGGUAAAAGGAUUAGCUGAGAUGACUACAUUAAGUGCCGCGGGUGUGGAGGCUAGGAAUGUUUCAGAACCGAUGGAAGAAUCUGCAGCACAAAACACUAGUGAAUGUACUGAGUCGCAAGACAGAUUGCAUGAAAGAGAAUCUCGCGAUAAAGAUGAGAGACAUGAUAUAAUAGAACCCCGAGAUAGAGAAAAAGAAAUACGAGAAAGUAGAGACAUACGUGAACCUAGAGAUUUGCGGGAAUCGAAGGCGGAAAAGGAACGAGAGUCCCGCGAAUUAAUCAGAGAUAGAGAACCCCGGGAAUCAAGAGAGACCCGGGACCAUAGAGAAGUACGAGACGGAAGGGAGUCUCGUGAUUUGCGAGAUUUACGCGAUGCCCGAGAGGGACCUGAGACCUCACCUCCUAGAAUAUCUCCUCUGCUAUCUGUGCGUAGAUUUAGAACGGAAUCAUCCGUUGAAACAUUGACGCCUACGCAUCCCCCGAUACUUAAAGAUGAACCCCCUGACGAACCUAUGAGAUCGUUGUCACCAGAAGACGACUCGGUUUCAAUACGAUCAAACGGAGCAAGUGAAAGUAUUGGUAUUAACAUGACGAUAAAUAGUCACAGCAGCCUGGCUUCAAGAUAUUCACCCGUUGAACAGAGAUUGAGUGUCCUAAAUACUUUGUCACAUCCAGGGCUGCCACUCCAUUCUCACACAUCCUUGCCAAGCCCAAGACAUGAGCCCAUUGCUGGACCAUCAGGGCUGCCACCUGUUCAACAAGUACCAUUAUCAUUGAAGAAAGAAAUAGAUUGGGACCGAAGUAAUGAAGACAAGGGUGGUGGAGAACCUUCAGCUUCCGAUUAUCGACUGCAGCAUGAAUCGGAGUAUGAGGGGCCCGGUAGGGGGAGAAUUGAGGAGGGAGAGAGGGCUUAUCCAUGCAUACAUUGCGGCGCUGCCUUCCCACACCAGAGCAAAUUGACCCGCCACAUACUGACUACGCACACGUUAGACACGUUAAAAUACCGGGACGCCAUUUUGGGCCGGCCGUUGGGGCUGCCCAUGAUAGGAGGACAGUUUAGUGAACCAACGUAUUUGAGCAUGCCGACUGAAGAAACACCCAUCGAUCUGGAUAUAGGACCCGUGGAACCUGGAAACGUGGUCCUGUGCAAGUUUUGCGGCAAAAGCUUUCCCGACGUGUCGUCACUUAUAGCACAUCUACCCGUACAUACAGGAGAUCGGCCAUUUAAAUGUGAAUUUUGUGGCAAGGCGUUUAAAUUAAGGCAUCAUAUGAAGGACCACUGUCGAGUGCACACAGGAGAGCGUCCGUUUCGAUGCGUUCUGUGCGGAAAAACGUUCUCGCGGUCCACAAUAUUGAAGGCGCAUGAAAAGACUCAUUAUCCAAAGUACGCAAGAAAGUUUCUGUCGCCGAGUCCCGUCGACACGGAAGAGGAGAGCCCACAUCAAUGA